AUGACAGAUUCAAGCCCUUUGACCACAGAAAAUGUCCUGGACGUCGCAAUCAAAGCACUGCAUGAUGAACAACCGAGUCUCAAAACACCUUAUGAAGCUAUCGCCCUGAUUGGCCAUGCCUGCAUGGCAGCGUUAGAAUUUAAGCUGGUGGGACUCGGAGAAGAUCACAACAUAGAGUCCACAGAGUUGCCUAAACUCCCCGCAGAAUGGAACGCUAACAGUACCUUGACCUUCCGAUAUACCCACGAACAAUCCCCGAUGCAGUUCCUUUUGAGAGUGAGUCGGCUUGGCAACAAAGCUGUGGUAAAUGCACUUGGCCUGGAUGAUGACCGCACCGGUUCUUUUGAAGUCUCCGUGAAAGAUUACAUCUCAGAGUCCGGCCUCCCACUACCAUCCACAGUCAAGACCACCGAUACUCUCCACAAUGUGUUUAUCUCCUCCGCUCGUCUCAGAGAACUGAUCGCUCUUUUCAAAUCCAAUGUACUCCAGAAGCUCGCUCCGGGGCUGGACAAGGAAGCCAUCGGGGCUUCAAAUCGAGAAUUCCAGGAGGCACUCCGCCAACAACCAGAAGACAGACCUCGUCAUGAUCCUCUACGGGAUGGUUCGAACAUGCCUGAUCCCGCUCGUCCAUACCCUUUUGAUGAUCCUCUGGCUGCUGCACCCCGCCAGCCUAAACCAACGCCCGACUUUGCUCCUCCGGGAUUUGAGGAUGAGUUUGAGAUGAAUCGCCCCACGCGUGAGUUCGUUCCGGGAUUUGGUAGGGGACAAGGUGUCGGUAUUGGAGAACGUGAUCUUUACCCAGCAGGACUUGGCCCUCACGAUCCCCUCCGUGGAACUACUGGCCCUGGCUUUGGGCGUGGUGGUGGCAUGCAUCCGACUUUUGAUGACCCUCUCUUUGGUGGGCGUGGUGGUAAUGGUGGGUAUGAUCCUCGUGCGCCACCUGGAGCCAGAUAUGAUCCUCCUGGACCUGGUGCUCCACCGUUUGGCCGCAGCCGAGGACCAUUUGGAGGACCCGGCGGAGGGUUCGGUGGUGACUUUAUUUAA